ACACAACAGUCUGAGCAGUGCGGUGAUUCCUGACAGGAUAAAUGGGCCCACCACUUCCCAGACGUCACAGGAGCCACUUGUCUUCCUGCAGGCUGCCAUGACCAGCCAGUCCCAGGGGAUCCAGCAACUCCUGCAGGCAGAAAAAAGGGCCAAGGACAAGCUGGAAGAAGCCAAGAAGAGAAAAGGCAAGCGAUUGAAGCAAGCUAAGGAAGAAGCAAUAGCAGAAAUUGAUCAGUACAAAAUGCAAAGAGAAAAGGAGUUUCGACUGAAGCAAUCUAAGGUAAUGGGUUCUCAGGGUAAUCUGUCAGAUGAAAUAGAAGAACAAACACAAGAGAAGAUACAAGAAUUGAAUGCAAGCUACAGAAAGCACAUGGAAAGUGUGAUGGAGCAGCUUUUGAACAUGGUCUGCGACAUGAAACCAGAAAUCCAUGUGAACUACAGAACCCCCAACUAAAUGUACAUCCUAUCGUCCAAUAAAUGGUAUGGGUGCCUCCUG